CGUACUUUCGUUUUAGCAAUGAAAAAAUAAUAUGAAGGCAUGUGAUUGCAUUAUCCUAUAAUUCUGCGAUAGUAUUGUGUGAAGAUUCAUUGAAUUGUGACAGAAAUCAAAAAAGGGGUUUUUUUGUUAAACAGAAAUGUAUUGAUGUACCAUGUCAGGAAAAUUAGACAAAUCAUCAUUUUCAAUGGAUGUAUCUCAGAAGGGUCAGGGAGAUAGGGAGGACUACAGGAGUCUGGGAAAUGGAAAGCAUGCCCGGUCUCAGUCACCCCUGAAAUUUUUUGCUGAGGCCAAGAAGAGCAUAAAUGAUGUGUUUAAAGACAUUGCAGAAUAUGUGACAGAAUCACAGAAUUACCUAAGUGCUUUGCCAGAGAAUUGCAAGUGUGAAAAUGCCAAGUCAGUGGAGGAGUUUGGGAACAUGAUCCAGGGAAUCAUUGAAGUUCUCACCAGGGACCAUAUGAAAGUGGUGUUUUUUGGGAGGACUUCCAAUGGAAAGAGUACCACAAUCAAUGCUAUGUUGAGGAAUAAGAUCAUGCCCAGUGGGAUAGGCCACACCACACACUGUUUUAUCCAGGUGGAAGGCUGCGAAUCAUCAGAGGGAUUCCUGUUAACUGAGGACUCGGAUCAACAGAAGAGCAUUUCUGAUAUCAAGCAGUUGGCAUCAGCUCUAAGCAAAGUAAAACUAAAGGAGAAUUCUCUGAUCAGAAUAUUGUGGCCCAAACAGAAAUGUAAAUUUCUAAGAGAGGAUGUGGUCUUUUUAGACAGUCCUGGGAUUGAUGUAACUCCAGAUUUAGACGACUGGAUUGAUAAACAUUGCUUGGAUGCUGAUGUGUUUGUGUUGGUGGCUAAUGCAGAGUCCACCCUUAUGCAGACAGAGAAGAACUUCUUUCACAAAGUGAGUUCACGGUUGUCCAAACCCAACAUCUUCAUCCUGCAAAACAGAUGGGACAUCUCCGUCGGAGAAGAUGAUCCCGAGGAGGUGGAACAGGUCAAAGAACAACAUUAUCAGAGAAAUGUAGAAUUCUUGGCUGAUCAGCUGAAAGUGGUUGACAGACAAGAGGCCAAGAACAGAAUCUUUUUUGUCUCAGCAAAAGAAACAUUGAUUUCACGCCUGCAUGAAGACAACAAGACACCAACUCCUCAUGGAUCCCUCCAAAGAAAUUACCAAGAAAGAGCAUUUGCUUUUGCAAAUUUUGAACAAGCAUUUGAGGUCUGUAUAUCUAAAUCAGCUGUUAGAACCAAAUUUGAGCAGCAUUCCCAGAGAGGUCGAAAUAUAACAUCUAGUCUGAGAAGUGUAAUGGAUGAAACACACAAAAAGAGCCAGCAACAAGGAGAUAAAUUACAAGAAGUAAAAUCUGAGAAAGAAAGUGAACUGGAUUUUCUGGAGAAGCAAACUCUUGUACUAACUACAGAAAUGAAGGACAAAAUCAAAGCAAUGGUGGAAGAGGUUGAGAGAAAGGUUUCUUAUGCUAUGAAUAUGGAGAUUAAUCGUCUAGCUGUUUUAGUAGAAGAUUUCGAUCGCCCGUUUCACCCUGAUGAGAUGGUGUUAAGAGUGUAUAAAAAGGAGUUACAUGCCUUUGUAGAGGAUACGAUAGGUAAAAAUUUACAGAGUCGAUGCUCGUAUGAGAUGCAAUCUACAGUAGAGAAAACACAACGGCAGAUGGCAGACCGUCUUUCUGCCCUCCUACCCGAUGAGACAAAACAACACUUGGACAGCGUCUUGCCUAAGAACCAGUUUGAGAUUGCGUAUCGACUGGACUGUAGAAACCUCUGUGCCGAUUUCCAGGAGGAUAUACAGUUUCGAUUUUCGUUUGGUAUAACCGCCCUGAUGGAAAGAUUCCUUGGUCGAAAAGGAGUGAAGACUGUCCUCACUGGCAAGGGAAAUACAAUUCCCCGCCCUAUACCCGGCCAGUCACAGGACAAUCAGAUCCUGGUCGGUGUGAUUACCACGUUCGCUUCUGUGUCCUCCAGGACAACCAUGGGAGCUGUUAUCAUCGGCGGAAUGGUUGCCAAGGUGACGGGCUGGCGGAUCAUUGCUGUCGUGGGAGCCCUCUACGGACUCAUGUACCUGUACGAGAGAAUGACGUGGACAAACAAGGCCAAGGAGAGGUCGUUCAAGAGGCAGUACGUGGACUACGUGGCCAGCAAGCUCAAGCUGAUUGUGGAUCUGACCAGUGCCAACUGUAGCCACCAAGUACAACAGGAACUGAGCGGCACAUUUGCUCGACUGUGUAACCAAGUGGACAUAUCCAAACAGGGACUAGAGGAUGAAAUCAGAAGCCUGGACAAUGAAAUUUCUCGCCUGCAAGAUAUCAGCUCCAAAGGAAAGACACUACGGAACAAAGCUGAUUUCCUGGACAAAACCUUGGAUGGCUUUAUUAAGAAAUUUUUGGGUCCAAAAGAUUCAUAGAGUGGAAGAGAACUAAAAGCAAUGAAGAUGCAUGAAAUGGAAUUUUGAAAAUAAUAAUAGAGAUUACCAGUACUUAGGACAAAUCUGCUGAAAUGCAAUCAUUGAAAUUGAACAGUACACUUUGUUAUAAAGAAACCACAAGAAAAUACCAUUAUAGAUGAAUUUUUUUUUUACUGUGCUUACUCUUUUGAUAAAAAGAAAUGUAUAUUACUAGUAAUUUAAUCAGACGAGAAUUAGAAUUCAUGGGUUUCAAAAGGAAUGUACUUUUCCUGCAAAAAGGGAAGGAGGUCAGUCAAUAUUUUAAGAGAUUGGCAAAAUUACAAACAUUGCAGAAUUAAUGAUAUCAUAUCAUUAAAAAAGAAAGGAAAUUUCAUUGUUGUUAGAUGACAUGUAAUUUUUUUCCAUUAGGAUAUACAAUGUAUUGUACCGGUACAUAAAUUUAUUUACUACAUCCAUACACACUACAGUGGAACUAGGAACUUGAUAAUAAUGAAAAAUUUGUAGAUUGGUAUCAAUGUAUGUUCUAAACUGGCAGUGCAUGAACAAAAAUAUUUAGCUUUAUUUUCCUCUCUUAAUUGCCUGACCAAAAAAAGUAUUGGACCCAGAUGUUCUGCUUAUCACGCCCCUUCCUUUAUUUUAGAAAUAAAGUAGUUUUCAUAUUAAUUUAAAUAAUUUAAAUUUCCCCUCCAAAUUUCCUACUCAAAAGUUUAAACAUGGAAUAUGGAGAAAUAUACACAAUUUUUUGAGGUGGCCUUAAUAUCAGUGUUAUAUUGUGGUGAAUUUAUAAUUAGAUAACAAAUUUUUGCUUGUGUGUACUGAUAUAAAAAUACGACAUGUACAUCUAACUUCCAAGAAUAUGAAUUACGGGAAAAAAAAUCUCUGGCUACGUGGAGUAAGAGAGAAUAAAAUCUUCUCAUCAUAAGAUUUGCUCGAUAAAUUGUGAAAUUAAAUGUACCGGGGUACUUGUAUUUUAUUGUCUAGUCCACCAGAAUGGUUUCUGUUAGUCUAAAUUUUGCCAGCUGAAGACACACAAUCAUUAUAUACAUGUACUUGAUUUGUUAUGAUUUGAAUUUGUUGAUGAGAAAUUAGGAAUUAAAUUUUAGAAACUGUGUUACAAUGAAAAUGCUCUUAAUGAAAAAUCAAUUAUAUUUUGUUUUGUGCUUGAGUGCUCAUAUUUUAUUUUUAUGACAUUUUUGAUGUACUUUUGUUAUUGCAAUGUUAGUUUAAUAAUUAUAAACAACAUUUCUGUUAUAUUUUUAGAUUUGAGCCUUUCAUGAAUAUCAUCCUAAUAUUCUAUAUUUAACAAACUGUAAUACAUGUAGUGAGCUGUGUUAUACAUGUAUAUGAAAAUCUGUUGAAAGAAUUAUACUGAUACCGUAUUUAUAACUUGAUUAUAAAUCAUGACAGUUUUUUAAAUUUAUUUUUACCUCUGUUGUCUUCUUUGAUUUAAAAGUCUUCAAUUGGCAAUAACAAAUUGUAUUGAUCUGUAUGUACAUUUACAAUGUAGCUGUUUAAAUCUAAGAGCUGUUUUAAAUUUAAAAAAAUUGUCAGGAUGAUGAAAAAUAUUGAUUGAUCUGCAUUAAUUAAAUGUAAGUCAUCAAUAAAUUAAGACUACUGGUACAAGCUUGACAUGUAAGGACUUGGUACAAUUUAACAACCUUUAGUAAUACCCAUGGACUUGUUUAUUAAUUUUCAAAAAAUUGGAAUUAUUGAGUUACUGAAUAACUUGCACACAUAAAGAACUGUCUUCAGUCAGUUGUGUAUACAUGUAGUAAAUACAUGUACAAUCAUGGUUGCUUAAAUCUUGCAUGUACUCAAUUUAUGGUAUGCAUGUAAUGCAGAUUUGCUGAUAAAACUUUGUGACAGUGUAAUGUAGUGUUGCAUAAUAUGCAUGUGAUCUUUUCAUAGUUGCUGUAAAACAUGUAACUGUGCAAAUUGUUAAUCAAUGUUUAUCACUGGAAUCAGUUCAUUCAUUAAUAAUAAUUUUAUAAUGGUCGUUUGUGCUUUCUGGCAAUGCUUGAAAACUGUGCUUUCCGAUGUUUUGUGAUCAUUUUUCCAUUAUGUAUAUGCAGCUGUAUUCAAUUUCAUUAGUCUGGAAUUUAAUCGUCUGGAUUUUUCAGAAAAAUAAAUUACCAAUAAAUGAAAAUUAAGAGAAUUUUUCUUCUUUCUAAAAGUAUUUCUUUUAUCAACAGUCUGGAUUCUUCCUUUCUUAGAUUUUUUGAUAAUUAAAGUUAUAAUCUUUUAUUCUUCCCUUAUUGCAUAUAGAGUUGUAUGGCUUUUUGAAACAUAGUAAAAUUUUAAGACUUUAAAGGCAGUUAAGCCUUGCCAUGUGUACUAUCCUAAUAUUUCCAAAUUUUUCAGUGUUUGCUAUGUAGCUGUUCUUUUAUACAUUGUAAAAAAAAGUGGACAUGCAGGCAAACCCUUCAACCUGGAUAAAGUCUUCUUGUCAUAUUCUUUGAAGAGAAUUUUUAACGGUAGUUCAGUAACUCUAAAAUCUAGGAAUUAUUCAUUUAAAUAUACAUGUAUCGCAGAAACUGCACUCAUUGGUAUAAUGGAGAACAUCAAUUUACAAUUGAAGAUUGAGGGUCCGACUCACCAGUUCAACAUUUCAGAAUCUAAUUUACACUACCUUAAUAGCCAUAACAAUGUUGACAAAGCAAGUAUCUUAAAACACCUGCCAUUAAUAAUCUGCCUGAGGCUUUUGUUCAUAUCUUCUGAAUUAAAUAUUUGAAAAUCAUACACAUUAUUUUCAUUGCACAUUGCAUAUUUUUCCCCUUUUGGACUUGUAAUUACUUCAUAAGGAUCAUGCUUUCUAUUCUAAUAAAGUAAUUUUCUGCUGACUUGAGACACUAUUUCAAGGUGUAGUGAUCGAUCGAGCCACCUUAAUACUGACUACAGAUGUCAGCCAUGUAAUCUGUUGAUGAAUAAAUCAGACAAACAUGUAAAUGAUAGCCUGUUUUUAUUUAUAAAAAUGAUACACACUACAUGCCUUUUUCACCAUAUCGCCAAAGUAACAAAUGUUUUCACUGUGUACAUAACUUAACUUUGUGUCAAUUCUGAUUCAAAAUUGUUCAAACAGCCAAUUACAAAAUGUGAUGUUUAAAAAAAUCCCAAUAUUUCAAAAAGUUACAAGUAAUAUGCAACAUAAAAGCCUAAUUUACAAAGAUAUGAAAAUAAGCAACAAUAAUGCCGGAUUACGGUAAUAUGAAACUAAAAAUGCCCAUUACACUUUAUGAUGUAUCUGUACAUCCAAAAUUGCAAAACUUGAAUUAUUAUGCAAAAGAAAUUAAUUUUUUUCCCCCCAAUUUACUCUAAACCAAGCUAUACACAUAGAAAUCAAAAAUAUUUAUACAUGCAUUGGGGCUUAUAUGGAAUGAAGAAACUUUGUCAUGCUUUUUUAUAUACAUUGAUCUUGCUAACAUAAGACUAAUUGUAUGAAUGUCAAUAUGGAAUGAGAAGAUCAAAGGAAAAAAAUCAAUCAAAACUUUCUUUAAUGGAAUGGACAAGAUCCUCUUGAAACCCAGCUUCAACAACCAAAUAACUCCCCCAAUAUUUAUGUAUCUUCUAACUGCUGUCAGUUCAUCUACUUACAUGCAUGUCCAGUGAGGUAAAGAGAAUAAUUUCCAUAUCUUUUAAUUUAAUAAUGUUUUUCAACAGGUAGUAAAAAAAAGAAUUCAUGGCAUAUUCUCUGCAUUAAAAAAAGAGAAAUAAUUUUUUUCUCUCUGACAAAAAUUUAGCCAUGAUGACUGAAAACUACAUGUCUAAACAAACUCAGAUUCAUUGUUAACAACUGUUUUUAGGGAAUCAAUUUCUAAUGAUACAAGGAAAAUAUGUUAUACAAUGUAUAGAAAAUACUUUGUUGAGAUUGCUUUGCUAUGCAUGGAAAAAAAUUUUUUUUUGUUUACAAACAUUAUUAGUCACAACACAUAUUGUUACAUAACCUACAGGGUAGCCCUGCUGUGUAAAAUUCCUACAGUUAAUGUACAUGUAUCUAAUAAGU